CGUUUACUUGGAAGUGGAAUUUUACGUGUAGAAUUCAGAGAUUUCUUUUUAGCUGAUAUAUUAGUUAGUUUAACAUAUUCAUUGUCCACGUUACGACUUUUUGGAUGUAUAAACGAAACUGGUUGUUUCGAUGUAUUGACUCCUCUCCUUGCUUCACUCCCUGCGACGUUCCGUUUACUUCAAACUUCUAAGCGUUGCUUUGACACGCUUCAAGUAAAUCAUUUUAUAAACAUUGGUAAAUAUGGAACAACCAUCUUAGCUAUUUGGAUGUUGUAUAUAUAUCGCAAUGGUAUUUUACAAUCACCCGCUACUAAAGCUUCAUGGGCGAUCGUGCAAUUUAUUGCAUCCACUUACGCUUUUAGCUGGGAUGUAAAAAUGGAUUGGUCCUUAUGCGAACUACAUAGCGAGAAUUAUUUAUUAAGAGAUGAAUUAGGAUUCGAGAGUCAUUGGGUGUAUUACUUUGCCAUUAUCUCAAAUUUCAUUUUAAGAAUGAGCUGGAUUUUAUUAUUAUUUAUUGAAAUGAAUCAUGAUAUAUCGAAGAUAAUUGUGUUUUUAAUUGCCUCUGGUGAAAUGCUUCGCCGAUUCCAAUGGUGUAUUUUCCGUGUCGAAAAUGAACAUGUUAAUAAUUGCGUUCAAUUCCGCGCUAUAAAAGAAGUUCCUUUACCAUUCCCAAUGGAAGAAUCCGAAAAUGUAGAUGUCGUAACUACUGAUUAUGAUCGUGCACCAUCACUCGCAUCGUGGUCAUCAUGGUCAAAAAGAUUGUUUGCUAAACGAAAAUUAAAUCCCGCUGAUAAUUGGAGAGAUUUUGAACCAACAAAAAAUACAUCAGAAUACAUGUAUGUUAAUGAUAUUUACGAAGAAAGUGAUGAUGAUGAUGAUAGUUAUGAUGAUGAGAACGAUUAUGACAAAUAUCGAGAAAGAAAUACAAUGUCGGUAUCUUUAACUAGAAUGGAAAGAGGUCUUGGUUUAAGUAACGCCUACGCGAGUAGGAGUUUUCUUCCAUCAAACGGGACUAAUUCAAUCUAUUUACAUUAG